AUGCCAUCGACCAAGCUGACAACGCGUGCUACUCGACCUGCGAAACGCGCACGUAGGUCUGCUCGUAAACCCUCGCUGCGACAGAAUGCCACCCGUGUAAGCGAUGCAACGCGUGUAUCUGGCUGCAACAACGACAGUUUUGAGUCCCAUGGUGCCAAACCUGGGCAAACAGCAGCUCCGGAAAACCCUCCACAACUCAACUCCCCGUCGGUUCCAGCACCGUUGUCGUCACCCAGUUUCAUGGACGACUAUUUGCACUGGGACCACGUCGACAGGACGGCUGAGGCGCCACAGGCGCCCCCGGCGGCAGCAGCAUCAAUGGCCCAUAGCUUACUGCUCGUGCACACACAACCAGUGCAUUCCGUGUCUGUGAGUUUGCUGCACGACACGUUGGAUCUGCUCGACGCACAAGACUCGCAAUCGCGGUCUCCCAGUUUCUCGGCGUUUUCAGACCCAGACCAACUGCUGGAUUCGUUGCCCGAACCAACUGCAGCGGACCACGACGUAAGCAAAGUGCCCCGAAACCCACCGCUUCCACUGCAACAUUUGACAGAAGUGGCCAUGAACGCGUGUCCCGAGCCACCCGUGCUGUCACCAGAGGACUCCUUUGUACAAUAUCUCUCGCAUAAGCUGUCGCGAUACUGCGGUUACGUGUCCAGCGACUCACACUACUGCGACAAGAUCCGGCUACAAGAAAUAUCGUAUCGACUCAGCAAAACCACAUUUGAACGUUGA